CGCCGCUCUCCCGGUCCCCGUCACCCUCCCCGCCGUCCGCCGCCUGCGCACCGCCGCGCCGCGCCCCGCCUUCGCCAAGGAGCUCUUCCUGGGGACGCUGCGGAAGGAAGAAGUCUUCCCUUAUCCAGAAAUUAGCAAUGAAGAACUAGAGGAGAUCAACCAGUUUGUAGGACCUGUAGAAAAAUUCUUCAAUGAAGAAGUGGACUCUAAGAAGAUUGAUCAAGAUGCAAAAAUCCCACCUGAAACUUUAAAGGGACUGAAGGACUUGGGUCUCUUUGGCAUGCAGAUUCCAGAGGAAUAUGGUGGUCUUGGUCUGUCAAAUACCAUGUACGCACGUUUGGGAGAAAUCACUUCUUUAGAUGGAUCUAUCGCAGUUACUCUGGCAGCUCAUCAGGCUAUUGGGCUUAAGGGAAUCCUCAUUGCUGGCACUGACGAACAGAAAGCAAAGUACCUGCCUAGACUGGCAUCUGGGGAGCACAUUGCAGCUUUUUGUCUCACUGAGCCUGGAAGUGGAAGCGAUGCUGCGUCCAUCCAGACAAGAGCAACCCUCAGUGAAGAUGGGAAAUACUUCUUAUUAAAUGGCUCCAAGGUUUGGAUAUCAAACGGUGGCCUUGCUAGUAUUUUCACAGUAUUUGCUCGGACAGAGGUUGUUGAUAAAGAUGGACAAGUAAAAGACAAAAUUACUGCUUUCAUCGUAGAGCGGGAUUUUGGUGGAGUCACCCAUGGGAAGCCUGAGGAUAAGUUAGGCAUUCGGGGAUCCAAUACCUGUGAAGUACAUUUUGAAAACACAAGAGUGCCUAUAGAGAAUGUAAUUGGAGAAGUAGGAGGGGGAUUUAAGGUUGCCAUGAAUAUCCUAAACAGUGGAAGAUUUAGCAUGGGCAGUGCAUCUGCUGGAAUGAUUAAAAAAUUGAUAGAAAUGACAGCAGAGUAUGCUUGUACCAGGAAACAGUUCGAUAAGAAACUGAGCGAAUUUGGAUUAAUUCAGGAGAAGUUCUGUUUUAUGGCUGUGAAGGCAUAUGUAAUGGAGAGUAUGGCUUACCUCACUGCAGGAAUGAUGGACAGGCCAGGGUUUCCAGACUGCUCCGUGGAGGCAGCCAUGGUCAAGGUGUUUAGUUCUGAAGGUGCAUGGGCUUGUGUAAGUGAAGCACUGCAAAUUCUUGGAGGCCUUGGCUAUAUGAAAGAUUACCCCUAUGAACGCUAUCUCAGAGACACCAGGAUACUUCUGAUUUUUGAGGGAACAAAUGAAAUUCUGCGAAUGUAUAUUGCUUUGACGGGUAUGCAAUAUGCAGGCAAAAUCUUAACUGACAAAAUUAAAGAAAUCAAGAAAGGAAAUGUGGGCGUGGCACUGGCGGAGUUUCUAAGCAAACUGCGGGACACGAUGGGCAGAAAAGUGGAUUAUGGGCUAGUUGGUGAUCGUGGAGUGGUGCACCCCAGCCUCCAGGAAAGUGGCAAGAAACUUGAAGAAAACAUUUAUUAUUUUGGAACUACAGUGAGAGGCCUGCUAAGUAGGUUUGGCAAGACAAUAGUGGAAGAGCAGUUGGUUCUGAAGAGAGUGGCGGAUAUAGUUAUUAAUUUAUAUGCAAUGACAGCAGCUAUUUCCAGAGCUAGCCGGUCUAUCAGUAUUGGUCUAAGAAACCACGACCAUGAAGUGCUUCUUACAAAUAUCUUCUGCACAGAAGCAUAUUUCAAGAAUAAUUAUGCCAUGGCUCAAUUAGAAAAAUAUGCAGAUGAAAAUCUGGAUGACUGCAUUAAAAAAGCUGCAAAGCAGGUACUGGAAAAGAGAGCAUAUACCUGUUCUCACCCACUGGACAGGACAUUCUAAUUACUUCCCUGACAGCAAAUGCUGAUGAAUGUAAAUCAGUGACUAAUUUUCUGCAGUUCAGGUAUUUGACACCUUAAAAAUAACUGUUUCAUGAGUUUACCAAAUGUAAUUAGCUGUAACUGUGUAAAAUAAAACUUCUAAACACAACUUCAUAUAAAGAGGAUAAAUAAAUUUUAUUUAAAUCUCAAGUUACCUGAUUAGAUGUAUAUAUGUCUGUUUCCCUUGGAGCUGAAUAAAGACAGUUGAGGUUCGGAGAGUGAGAUGUGUUUUCCCAGGAAAGGGAUUGGGUGUUUUUGUAAGUAUCUUUAGGCUUAAAUCAACGACUUACUUACCUUUAGAGAAGCACUGAAAGACUUGCAGAAUCAGAACAAUUUAGUGUGGAAGGGACCUCCAGAGGUCACCUUGUCCAACGCAGUGCGGACAGCAGCACCAACUACAGUCAUCAUUGUCUUGUCCAGGCGAGUUUUGAGUGUCUCUGAGGACGGGGGUUUCACUGUCUCUCUGAGCUCUCAUUUAAAUGUUUUUCCUUGUAUUUAAUCAGAACUUCGCCAUGUUCUUGGCCUUGGUCUUAAGCCUUACACUGGCCCCUUUGCUUUGUUUUGUUUUUUAAAAACACGAAAUAGGGGGUUUUAUUUAAAUAUAAGCUGUCACUGUUAAAAAAACCUCAUGAGACAAUGGAUUUUUCAUGAGCUUGAUGACAGUUUACACAUUUUUUCCCCUACCCUCUUGCUAACCCCCAAACAUAAUUUAGCUACCUCUUAACUGUCCCUGCAAGGUCAGUUUUGUCCAGUGACACGUUUCAACAGUGUCCCCAUACUUGCCUUUGGGAAUUAUUUGCUGGCCAGAUUUCAUUAGGAAGGCAAUUAUUUUGCGUCACAGGUACACAUUACCAAUUAUCUGUUG